AUGGCUAAUAAACACGAUCAGGCCUCUACAAACUACAAGGAAGCGUUCUCCCUCUUCGACCGCCGUGGUACAGGCCGCGUUUCCGGUGAUCUCCUCGGUGAUCUGCUCCGCGCUUGCGGACAGAACCCUACUCUGGCGGAAAUUGGUGAUCUGGAGAAGUCUGUUGGUAGCGACUUUGACUUCGAUUCCUUCUUGAAGGUCCUGAACCGUCCCGGUGGUUUCCGAGAGCCCGGCGAGCCAGAAGAAUACUGUCGCGGAUUUCAAGUGUUCGAUAAAGAUAUGACUGGUUUUAUUGGUGUGGGACAACUCCGUUAUAUCCUCACCAACCUCGGCGAGAAAAUGUCCGACGACGAAGUCGAUGAGCUCCUCAAGGCCGUAGACACCAGCUCCGGCGAGAUCAACUACACCGAUCUUGUGCGCACCAUUCUGGCCAACUAA